GCCGGUACUGCGCAUGCGUGGGCAAUCUGUGAGGCGCGUAAUGGCGGCGGGCGGCUGGAGCUGGUUCCGCGCCUUGGCGCUCGGCGUCUCCUUUCUCAAGUGCCUCCUCAUCCCCACGUAUCAUUCCACAGACUUUGAAGUGCACCGGAACUGGCUGGCCAUUACGCACAACUUGCCUCUAUCUCGUUGGUACUAUGAAGCAACUUCGGAAUGGACCCUGGAUUAUCCACCUUUUUUUGCUUGGUUUGAAUAUGCAUUGUCACAUGUUGCCAAGUACUUUGAUCCUAAGAUGUUGGUUAUUGAAAAUCUGAAUUACACCAGUCCUGCAACCAUCUUCUUCCAAAGAUUUUCUGUCAUCUUCACAGAUGUUCUCUUCAUAUAUGCAGUUCGUGAGUAAGUCUUAAUGUUCUAAUUUUAGGGACAGUGGGCAGUCUCUUACAUUGUUGAGUAAUAACUACAUUACUUGUACAUAGAAGCUUGUUUAAAAAAAAGCCAACAGCAAAGCUGCUUUAGCUUUGAAGGAGAAAUAUGGAGCCUGCUGCUCAAUGCAAGAUAGCAUUGCCAAGAAGAACAAAAGUUACAACUGUACAUGUGAUUUUAUUUAUUUUUUUAUCUUUUUACAUAUUAAGGUAUCAGCAGCCUUUUCACACACUCUUGAUAUUUUGUUUCUGUCAGUGGGGUUGCUUUGCAGGUGUUAUGGAUCCACUUGGGUAAGCUUGACUUCUUAUUUCCUAUUAUUGCUCUGCUCUUCAGGAGUAGAGACAUGAAAGAAAAUUGUGA